GCACUGAAGAUGAUAGAACAUCACCCAGAGUUGGCCACUAUGAAUGAUCAUACUAGAGAGGAAGAGACAGCAUUGCAUGCGUUUGCUCGAAAGCCUUGUAUACCUUCAAUUCAAACUUCUACAGGGAUCUGGAGUAACUGCAAAAACUUCUGUUAGUAUUCUCUCUUUUACACUCAACUGCUAUGAUUCUAUCUAGUACUAUUCAUUUGAUACAUUAGUUGUUAUUCUAUCUAGUACCACUGAAUUUUGGUAGAUUUGUUUUUCUUAGUUGCAGGUUCGAACAAAAGUAAGCGCGAGUAAGGUCUUGAGCUAGUCCAAAAGCUUUGGGAGAAAGUAAUAUUACAGGAUGAGGAAAAAGUUUCUAAGUUUAUGAUUAUACCUUCUGGACGACUUAUAUUUAUUGCAGCUGAAAAUGGAAAAUUGGAGUUCCUAACUAUACUUAUACGUCAAUAUCCAGCUUUAGUAUUGAAGGUGGAUGAGAACAAACAUACCAUUUUUCAUAAAGCUAUUUUGCAUCGACAUGAGAAAACCUUCAAGCUGAUUUUUGAGUUGGGCAUGAUGAAGAGCUUGAUAAACAUACAUGAAGACGAGAACAAGAAUAACAGGUUGCACUUGGCUGGACAAUUGCCUUUACCAAGUCGACUAAAUGUUGUACCAGGAGCAGCUCUCCAACUACAACAAGAGCUACGAUGGUUUGAGGAAGUGAAGGUUGCUGUUAGACCAGGGCAAAUUGUAGCGAAAAAUAAACAAAAGCAGACUGCAAGAGAAGUGUUCAUGGAAAAGCACGAGAACUUAAGGAUAGCAGCGGAGAAAUGGAUGAUAAAAACAACAAAUUCAUGCAUGCUUGUGGCAACUCUAAUUGCCACUGUUACUUUUGCAGCAGCGUUUACAUUACCUGGAGGUAAUAGACAAGAUAAUGGACCAGAUAAUGGGUUUCCCGUUUUUGUUAAUAGGACCUUGUUUAAAAUUUUUGCCACAGCGGAUGCAGUAUCUUUAGCAUUCUCAUCCUCUUCGAUACUAUCCUUCUUGUCCAUUCAUACUUCUCCAUUCUCAAUGGAUGAUUUUCUCAAGUCAUUGCCAAACAAGUUAAUUCGAGGAUUCUUAUUCCUUUCCAUAGCAAUAAUAACAAUGAUGGGUGCCUUUGUUUUAGCCUUUUUCUUAAUUUUCAAACAUGGAUUGAUUCGAUUUGCUAUUUCUAUUGCUGCAUUCGCUUUUAUCCCAAUCCUUUUAUUCGUUGGGCAGCUCCAUCUUGUUUUUGAGAUGAUCUAUUCCACCUACAAGUGCUCCUUCCUUUUCUGUUGCAAUAAAAAAACUCUCUUUCCUACCAAAUCAAAUUUCCCAUACUAG